AUGAAUCCACUCCUCAUUCUUGCCCUGGUGGGCGCUGCUGUUGCUCUCCCCACAAGCAAUGACGAUGACAAGAUCGUCGGGGGUUACACCUGUGAGGAGAAUUCAGUGCCCUACCAAGUGUCCCUGAACGCCGGCUACCACUUCUGCGGUGGCUCCCUCAUCAACGAUCAGUGGGUGGUCUCCGCUGCUCACUGCUACAAGUCCCGCAUCCAGGUGAGGUUGGGUGAACACGACAUCGAGGUUCUCGAGGGGAACGAGCAGUUCAUCGACUCGGCCAAGGUCAUCCGUCACCCUAAGUACAGCAGCUGGGACCUGGACAAUGACAUCAUGCUCAUCAAGCUGUCCUCCAGGGCUGUUUUCAACAGCCGCGUGGCCUCUGUGUCCCUGCCCUCUGAGUGCGCACCCGCUGGUACCAACUGCCUCAUCUCCGGCUGGGGCAACACCCUCAGCUCUGGUGUGAACUACCCUGACCUCCUGCAGUGUCUGGAUGCCCCCCUGCUGAGCCAUGCCCAGUGUGAGGCCUCUUACCCAGGACAAAUCACCGACAACAUGGUGUGUGCCGGCUUCCUGGAGGGCGGCAAGGACUCCUGCCAGGGUGACUCCGGUGGCCCCGUGGUCUGCAAUGGGGAACUGCAGGGCAUCGUGUCCUGGGGCUAUGGCUGCGCCCAGAAGAACCGACCUGGAGUCUACACCAAGGUCUGCAACUAUGUGGACUGGAUCCAGGAUACCAUGGCUGCCAACUGA